AUGCAGCUUCGACCUCGUGUCGCUUCUAGUAAAGCGCGUACUUCAUCCGAUUGUUCUUCCAUUAUACAGCGUCAAUAUUCAUCCAAUCUUCGAAAACGCUCUGCUUUGCCAUGCAGUAUCAUGACCGCUAAAAAGCGCUGCCUGUUAGGAGGUGAUGAGGAAGCCGAGGAAGCCAAGAGAUGGCGUUUUCGCCUAUUGCAAUCUGCAUUUGGACCCGAGGAUCGCGUGGAAGAGUCGAAUUGGCUUACAGGAUCACUUAUUGAUCUAAUGCUUUGGAAAUUUGCCAAUUUGUAUCCAACGUUGCAUUUCCUGCCCACUGCUUUCUAUCAUUUGCAUUUAGAGGCUAUGAAUGUAAUGUCGUCUCCGUGGCGACAUCGACGUCAAGCGCAUCGAUCUACACGAGAAUAUCACGUAUAUGAUGUCUUGGGACGUGUCGUAGACUACGAAAGUGAAGCACCGCUCGUGUUCAUUGUGAACGUUGAUCGGAUUCACUGGAAUUUGUUUCGUGUGCAGCUACAGCCGACUCCAGAACUGCAGCUUUUUGAACCAACGGGAAGAUUAGCAUUGCGGUCUGGAAUUUCGUACCGGUCAGUGCCACGGACAGUGAUUGAGUGGCUGGAUGUGUGCUAUCCGCAACAUAAAGGGUGGCUGAACAGAACGGUUAGCGCUAUUACGAACAAGCAACAGGUCAGUGGAUUUGACUGCGGUGUGGCGUGUUUGAUGUAUGCUGACAAGUGUGGACGCGGGCAGAGUGUAGACGAGAUUAACAAGCAGAUUGAUCAAUCUGCAAUUACAUCCUUCCGAAAGCAGCUACAAAUUCAGCUGCGCACAACUGUUGAUGAGAUUGAUGCAUGA